GCAGUUCAUUUCAUGAAGGCACCUUAGCCGAAGAUGCAAAAAUAAAAGUAGUCUGAAGGGAAAGAAAGCAGAAGGCCAAGAGACAGGCAACUGAACAGAGCAGAUUGAUUUAACAGAUACGAUACAUUUUUGCUGUCUGCAUUAUGUGUGGAAAUUCUUAUUCCAAGUGACACAGUAACAGACUCGACUGUAAUCAAACAGCACUGCUGAGGUGUCAGGAGCACAGAUGCUGCCUAUCGAAAAUAUUUAAAACAGAAAGUAAAACUUUGGAAAAUCCGCAGUGGGGAGCGCAAGGGAAAUGUUCGGUGGCGUUUCUAACCCAAGGCAACUUCUCUCUGCUUUUCACUGCUUUCUCUGGUGCGGGAGGUCGGAAGCCCUGCGUGAAUCAGCCCAGCGACAGCUCAGGCAGAACUCGAGGUGGACAACUGAUGGAACAUUCCACUAGGAAGGAUAAAACUGUUCUUUCAAGGUAGUUUGUGCGGAUUAGACUGAGACCUGCACGGAAAAAUAGCUCAACCAACAGUGACUAGGAACACUUGAGAACUCCUGAAUGAUUGCUUGAGGCCUCGGAGGGAAAACAUUAAGCUUUACAUUUCACAGUCAGCUCUCUUAAGCAGCUAUGGAAAUAGAAAAGGAACACAUUUAUAUUACCCCAACAGAACUUGAGAAUCUAAAUGAUGCUCCAUUUUCUGGUGAUGAAGAAAAUGGUGGGUCUGAGGAACGAAAAACUGAAAUCAAUGGGAAUUGGAUUCCUGCAACUUCAAUUACUGAAGCCAAAAUAAAUGCUAAAGCAAAGAGACGGUUGAGGAAAAACUCCUCUAGAGAUUCUGGGAGAGGAGACUCUGUUAGUGAGAAUGGAGAGACACUGAAGAUUGGAGUUGUACCAACGAGCCCAAAGGGGAAACUCCUGGACAGGCGAUCCCGGUCUGGAAAGGGAAGAGGUCUACCAAAGAAAGGUGGAGCAGGUGGUAAAGGAGUUUGGGGAACACCAGGUCAAGUGUAUGAUGUGGAAGAAGUAGAUAUUAAGGAUCCUAAUUAUGAUGAUGACCAGGAGAACUGUGUCUAUGAAACAGUAGUGCUACCUCUUGAUGAAAGAGCAUUUGAAAAAACUUUAACACCAAUCAUCCAGGAGUAUUUUGAACAUGGAGAUACUAAUGAAGUUUCGGAGAUGCUGAAGAACUUAAACCUUGGUGAAAUGAAAUACAGUGUGCCAGUGCUGGCUGUUUCCUUGGCAUUAGAGGGGAAGGCUAGUCACAGGGAAAUGACAUCUAAGCUUAUCUCCGACCUUUGUGGGACAGUAGUAAGCAAAACUGAUGUGGAAAAAUCCUUUGAUAGACUGCUCAAAGAACUACCUGAAUUGGUGUUGGAUUCUCCCAGGGCACCACAGUUGGUGGGCCAGUUCAUUGCUAGAGCUGUUGGAGAUGGGAUCCUAAGCAGUACCUACAUAGAUGGCUACAAAGGCACUGUGGAUUGUGUCCAAGCUCGAGCUGCGCUGGACCGCGCGACUGUGCUGCUGAGCAUGAGCAAGGGAGGCAAGCGCAUCGACAGCGUGUGGGGGGCUGGAGGGGGCCAGCAGUCUGUGAAACACCUGGUCAAAGAGAUUGAUAUGUUGCUGAAAGAGUACUUGCUUUCUGGAGAUGUAUUGGAAGCAGAACGCUGCCUUCAGGAACUGGAAGUACCCCACUUUCACCAUGAACUUGUAUAUGAAGCCAUUGUACUGGUUUUGGAGUCAACUGGAGAAAAGACCUUUAAAAUGAUACUGGAUUUGCUGAAAACUCUGUGGAAGUCUUCUGUCAUUACUGUGGACCAAAUGAAAAGAGGCUAUGAACGGGUUUACUGUGAAAUCCCCGAUAUUAACCUGGAUGUGCCACACUCCUAUUCUGUGCUGGAGCGCUUUGUAGAGGAAUGCUUCCAGGCUGGAAUCAUCUCCAAACCACUGAGAGACCUCUGCCCUUCCAGGGGCAGGAAGCGUUUUGUGAGUGAAGGAGACGGAGGUCGUCUGAAGCUGGAAAGCUACUGAAUGUGAGACCUGCCUCCUGAAGCCUUACAAGCUGAAAGGGAACAUAGCUCGCUAUCGAUAUAUACAGCAUGCAUGCUCCUCUGGUGUGUGUAUGGAUGCACAUCUAGAACUGACCAAAUUUAAGAGUUGCUUAGCACAGUUUGUAUUUUUUUAAGAGCACAUGUUUUGGGUACAAAUUGUUUUGGUUUUUUUUUUGUUUUUUUUUUUAAUAGUUUUGUAAAUUUCAGGAAGAAGUGUUCUUUCUUUGGGCAUAUAGUAGAACAACUAGCCACUCUGCUGUGGUGGUGCCUUGAAAUAAGCUAUCUCUGUAUGUGCCAUGUUUAUGACCUAAUCAUUCCACGUGUGCGUCGAUGUCUGACUGCCGCUCGCUCUUUCCAGGACAGUGCUGUCAUCAAAAAAUCACUGGUUUAUACAAAGCUUUAUUAUAGAAGGGUCAAGUUAAGCUGCUGUGAUCCCAUUUCCAUUGCUGCUAAAGAAAUACUGUGCUUUGGAAGUUAAAAAUUAGCAGUUUCUUUGUUUUAAAGAGCCCAAGAAAAUACAGCUGGGGCACAAGACAAAUUCAUCUGUUUCAGGGGAGAACACUGGUUGGUUUCAGCCCCCAUGUACCAAACUUGUCUUUUUUUCUAUGUAACUGGAAAAGUGAAAAGUUCUGGUAAAACAUAUUAAAAAUAUUUUUUGUGAA